AUGUUUCUCCAGCUCUAAUAAUUAUGACAUUUCCUUUUUUAUAAAUUUUAGCAGAAUUUUCGUAACAAAUUAGAUAUAAUUAAGUUUUUAUAUGGUGAAAACUAAUGAUGAAAUAAUAAAAGGUGUUAUUGCAUCAUGCUGAAAAUUAAACUGGAUUUGGACGCGCCGACAACGGUAUGCCGCAUCUGUCUUCAAAGCGGAGAAGAAAUGACAUCUAUCUUCGACAAGGAUGCAGAUUCUGUGUAUCUAUACAAAAAAAUCGAGAGUUGUGGAGGCAUAAAGAUCCUUACCGAGCCGAAACUUCCUACAAAUAUAUGCAAGAAGUGCAAUGCUUUCCUAAUAAUUGCUCACAAAUUUCGAAUUAUAUGCAAAAAUUCCGACGAUUAUUUACGAAAAUUUGUCUGCAAAUCCUCUAAUCCCAACAAAAAUGAAGAAAACCAGCCCCAAUAUAUCCAGGAAUACAGUGAAAAAACAGAAGUACUAAAUGCUGAAGAACCCCCCGUAAAUGAGUCACAACCUGAUAUUAAAUAUGAAGAGGAAAUUUACUUAGAAACGCCCAUGCUUGAUGAAGGAGUGGAUGACAGUUUAAUUAUCGAAGAUUAUGGCGAUAGUUCACAAGAAUCGCAGGAUCGACUGCAACCGUCGCCCACUACCAGAACACCAAAAAAAGUAAAAAAGGUAAAACUAGCAGAGACAAAGAAAAUCAAGAAAGAGAAACGGAUUCAUAUAUGUGAAAUCUGCGGUAAUAUAUAUCCCCGAAAUCAUGAGCUUCAGGUGCAUAUGAGGCGUCACCGAAAUGAGCGCAUCUACGAAUGCGAAAUUUGUGGUAAUUCGUUUCAUCUUAAAUGUGUAUUGGCACGACAUAUACGCACACAUACUGGAGAGCGACCAUUCGCGUGUCGAUAUUGCGAUCGUAAAUUUGCUUCUCGUUCCAAUAGGAUUGAUCAUGAGAGAGUGCACCGAAAUGAGCGGCCUUACAAUUGCGAUAUCUGUGGCAAAAAUUUCACGUAUUCAGGGGUUUUAAAAGCGCAUAUGCUAACACACACUGGAGAAAAACCAUUUAGUUGCGGCAUUUGUGGUAAACGCUUUACACGGGGUCACCAUCUUCGGGCGCACCUGGAAACACUACAACAUCAAAAUGAUCCCCGUUCCAAAGUGCUUAUUAAGCAAAUUAAGCGGCAAGAAGAAUUAAACACUGUAUAAAAAUGUAAUACAAUUUCCUUUGAUAUACAAGCAUAUUUUUGCUAAUUUGGAAUUUGACUGCCCGGAAAAUUAUUUAGAAGCAGUAAGCUAAAUAAUUAGUUAAGGAAGCAUCCAUUUAUUUCCUCAAUAAACUUUAUCAUAAAAAAAUAACAGUAA